UCUCUCUCAGAAGGCUCAGCGCAGGAUUCUCUGGAGAUCUCCGUCAUGGUUUUCCGUGGAUUGCUCCAUGCUCUCCUGUGGGAACAGUAACUCGUGCAGCAGAUCGCUAUAUUAAUCGAUGCUUCUGUGUCGCGAGUGUUUCAGAUGUUUGUCCUGGCGCGUCGUGCGAGUCUCCAGUGCGUCUGCGCGCGGCGCGCGGCGGGUCGGAUGGAUGUUGUCGGACUUCUCGCGCAGAGAAUCUAAAAAAUUCUGGAUAGAAGAGAAACUACGUGUGAGAUUAAUCUGAAGAAGGAAAAUACUGAGCGAAAAUCAUUCUGUGGGAAUAAUAAUGGCUGUGUCUGUGUUUGUGCUGAUGAUGAUGAUUGGGUGUGUGAAGGGCUCGUCUCUGCUCGUCUCUGACAGUCGUUCCCCUCGGCUGGCUCUGGAGAAGAGUCUCGGCUGGCCAUCUAAAGACACACAGUGCCUCCACAUGCUGAAACAUCUGCACAACGGCGCCCGCAUCACUGUCCAGAUGCCGCCCAACAUCGAAGGCCACUGGGUGUCCACUGGCUGUGAGGUUCGUCCCGGUCCGGAGUUUCUCACCCGCUCGUACCGCUUCUUUCACAACAACACCUUCCAGGCUCACCAGUUCUACUACUCCGACAACCACUGCACCACCCCGACAUACACGCUGCUGGUCCGGGGCCGACUGCGCCUCCGACAGGCGUCCUGGAUCGUACGGGGCGGAACGGAGGCCGACUACCAGAUCCACAGCACUCAGGUCGUGUGUCACUCGGCGUCGGUGGCGAAAGAGCUCGGUCAGAGGCUGAACCGCAGCUGCAGAGGCUCCUCGCGUGAGUUCGGGUCCUGGCUGCCGAACGUGAGUUACGAGCUGUGGAGCGACGAGGGCGGCUGCGACUGCGACUGCUCCAGAGGCCUGAACUUCGCCAUGCACGAGCUGCAGCUGCUGCGGAUGGAGAAGCAGCACCUGCAUCAUCACCUGGACCAGCUGGUGGAGGAGCUGUACCUGGGCGACAUUCACACCGAACCCGCGCAGAGGAUGUACUACAGACCCUCCAGCUAUCAGGCCGCGCUGCAGAACGCCCAGAAUCACGAUCACAGCUGCGUUGCCUGCCGCAUCGUCUCCCGCUCCGACGCCUUCCACCCGCCCGUCCUCCCGCCGCGGCCGGACCUGACGGUGAGUCUUCAGGGGCACUGGGCGUCCCGGCGCUGCGAGGUCCGGCCGGAGGUUCUGUUCCUCACGCGCCACUUCAUCUUCCACGACAACAACAACACGUGGGAGGGGCGUUACUACCACUAUUCUGACCCGGUCUGCAAACACCCGACCUUCAGCAUCUACGCCAGAGGACGCUACAGCCGCGGGCUCCAUUCCACACGCGUGAUGGGCGGCACCGAGUUCGUGUUCAAAGUGAACCACAUGCGUGUGAUGCCCAUGGAUCUCGCCACCACCUCGCUGCUGAACGUCUUCGAUGGAAACGAGUGUGGCGUUCAGGGCUCGUGGCAGGUGGGCGUGGAACAGGACGUGACUCCGACCAAUGGCUGCGUGGCGCUGGGGAUCCGCCUCCCGCACACGGAGUACGAGCUCUUCCGGAUGGAGCAGGACGCUCACGGCCGAUACAUGCUGUACAACGGCCAGCGGCCCAGCGACGGCUCCAGUCCGGACCGGCCCGAGAAAAGAGCCACGUCCUACCAGAUGCCCUUGCUCCAGUGCAGGUCAGAGGUCAGCGCGGGUCACGGCGCAGAGCAGCCGCAGCGGCUGAGCAACGGUUGCCGGGUUGGUUACCAUGACGACCUGGCAACAACACUGGCGGUUUCAAGUUUGGCAUUCAUGGGUUUGUUCGGCUGAAGGACGAGAGCAGAUGAUUCUGUACAUGCUGACUUGAUGACCCAGAAUGCACUUGAGUAAUCCGUCUGCGGGACGAAUGAAAACUGCUGCACAACAAUAACCGCACUUUACUAGAACGAAGUUCACUUCUGACGAGACUUUAUUUCCUGAAACAUGUAAACGAGUCCUGAAGGAAAAACUCCCUCCAAAAUGAAGAUUCUGUCAUUAUUUAUUCACUUUCUUUUCCAGCAAAUCAGAGACCAGGAGCCUCAUUCGUGUGUGUGUGUGUGUGUGUGUGUGUGUGUGUGUGUGUGUGUGUGUGUGUGUGUGUGUGUGUGUGUGUAUCUGUGUUUUAUAAUCGGGGCUCCUGGACUCUCAAAAACACCAUACACAUCAUCAUUUUGUUGGUGAGACACAAAACUUCUCCUUUACUGUUUGACAGAAAAUGAAGAUCUUACAGGUUUGAAAUGACAGAUGAUGACAGAACUUUCAUUUCUGGUGUUUUUCGCUGUAAAGCGUUUGAGUGAGACGUUCAUAUAAGAGGUAUUUUUAUACGAGAGUGAGUUUGAGACGACGAUAUGAAGCUACAUGGAAGGAAAGGGAAAUAUCCGAACUGUAGAUAAUCACUGCUGACUUCCACUUCUGGUCCCUGAAUAGAUUCUGUUUUUACGAAGACUUCAGAUGAAGGUUUUUAAAGGGAGUUUCUAACACACGCUGUUUCAGGCCAGUAGAGGACGAUCGCUGACCCUUCACCAGAUUCAUCAACAGUGAGAUUUCAUUUAUAAAUAUGCUGACGAAGUGAUAAAAUCAAUUAGAUAUUAUCCGUGUGCUGGAAUGAACUGUCACUUUGCAAAAAUAUCUUUAUAGAAAAAUGGCAGAUAAAAGUUAUACAUCUAGACAAAUGAUCCUCACGGUCAUUACACUGCAAAAACAAAAUCUCACUGUUUCCAGCACAAAUAUCCAAACAUUAUUAAUUCAAGAUACAUUUACUAGAGAAGAAAAAUGAGUCUGAAAAUCAGUUUUUAAGGCGAGACUUUCUGAAGGGUCAGUUGAUGUUUUUUAAUAAGAUUUGUAGUUAUAACAUUGUUCUUUUUUCAUACUGAAUGAUGUGGAUGUAUUAUAGUGACGGUCAGUGUUCAUCUGUUUCAAUCCUGAAACACGAACCACAAGGAGAAUUUAAUGGAAAAUAAAAUGUCCUGCUUUAUUCUGACAUUGGCGUCAUUUUAAAUAUCCAGCCGCACUUGUUUGAGAUGUUUAAAUGGUCAAAUUAUUUUUUUUGUAUCUUCAUAUCUAUUGUUUUACAGUGUCUGUCGAACACAACUGUAUAUUAAGCUCCACAUUUAUCAAUUUCACACAGACAUCGUCCAGGAAAAUCUGGAUUCAUUGUUUAUUCAUUACAUUCUUCAGCAAAGACAAUAAACCUGAAACUUGAACAUGA